GAUCGCGGCACCCUAAGGAGGCAGCCUAGGGGAGGGGGCCGGGGUCGUGGAGCCCCCAGCCCCCGGCCGCCCGACGGAGACCAAGCUGGAAGCGCCGCCGCCCCGGUGGGUCCUUAACACAAGAUUUUAGCAUGAAGAGUUGUCAACUGCCUCCCCAGCUAACCACAGACCUCCCGGACGCAGCCGUCCACACAGGAUGCCUCAUGUUGGCUUGCAAUCAUCCCUCGAGAGUCCAGCUGCCGUUUUUUUAGUGUGGCCCUAGGGCUUUCAUUCAGGGCGUUUUGUUGCAGCUGCUGCUUUUUAUUUAUUUAUUUUCUCUCUUUGAACCCGGACCUUGCCCCGCUCCUGCUGGCAUGAUGGCCCAGUCCAAAGCCAACGGCUCGCACUAUGCGCUGACCGCCAUCGGCCUGGGGAUGCUGGUCCUUGGGAUCAUCAUGGCCAUGUGGAACCUGGUCCCUGGGUUCAGCACUGCGGAAAAGCCGGCUGCUCAGGGGAACAAGACGGAGGUAGGAAGCGGCAUCCUUAAGAGCAAGACCUUCUCUGUGGCCUACGUGCUGGUCGGGGCCGGCGUGAUGCUGCUCCUGCUCUCCAUCUGCCUGAGCAUCCGGGACAAGAGGAAGCAGAGGCAGGGCGAGGAGCUGGCACACAUCCAGCACCAGGGGGUCGAACCGCACACCCACGAGGAGGACAGCCAGGAAGAGGAGGAGGAGGCCUCCUCACGGUACUACGUCCCCAGCUACGAGGAAGUGAUGAACACAAACUACGCAGAAGCGAGGGACGUGGACCAGAACCCCCGGAUGAGCAUCUCUCUCCCUUCCUACGAGUCCUUGACGGGGCUGGAUGAGACGAGCCCCACCACAACCAGGGCCGACGUGGAGACCAGCCCAGGGAAUCCCCCUGACAGGCAGAACUCCAAGUUGUCCAAACGCCUGAAGCCACUGAAAGUGAGAAGGAUAAAAUCCGAAAAGCUUCACCUCAAAGACUUUAGGAUCAACCUGCCAGACAAAAACGUGCCUCCUCCCUCCAUCGAGCCUUUGACACCCCCCCCACAGUACGAUGAGGUCCAGAAGAAGGCCCCUGAUGCCCGGCCCCCCGACUGAUGGCCCCUCCCGGGCAGAUUCCCUCCUGUUUCUCGUCCUCUGCACCAACAGACCCCGAAUGAAGCCACUUCAGCCACAGUUGAGAAGCGGAGGGGCCAGGUGUGUACUUAGCUAUUUGGAUGGGGCCAGGAGCUGAGGGCUUUCUAGGACUGGGGAGUGACUCUGGGUCCCCGGGACCUCCAGUCGCAGGUGCAUCGGAAAGAGCUGCUGCCUCAGAUCUUGUGAAGCUGUGACCCCAUCCAGGGAAGCAGUGCCGGCAUCUUCCCCUUUGUCCUUCCUUGACGUUGAAUUGCUGGGGACAAUACUCCUCCUUCUGAUUAGGAAAGGAUAUGUAGCAACUGGCUUAGAUCAUGGUUUUGUUUUGCUUCCACUAGGACUGUUUGUUUCCCAAAGAAAAUAAGUUAUGUCUUCACUUUCUCCUUAGAGUCCCGCACUGUCGGUAGGAAAGAUGACUGGCUUUACAGAAAGGACAUGCCCAUAUCAUGAAUUAAGCUAAAGAAGAGGCUGGAUGAUUACAUGGGGGUGAGACCCAGGUGGGGUUCUCAGAGCCCCUGAUGCCAUCGGUUGUUUUGAGGUCUCAAGACCUGAGGAUGUGUAAGAUCCUAGUCUCAAUUGGUAGGCUUUUACUAGUCUCUCCUAUGUAUUGGCAAAAAAAAAAAAAAAAAGGAAAGCCAUCUGAGAUGUUCUGUUCCUUCUAAAAUGCCGUGCAACUGAGCUUUUUGUAAUAAAAUAUUUUAUAUGUCGUA